GCGUACCAAGCUGGCAGAGAUCUUUUGGUCGGCAGCAUGGGGCGGCUUGAUGGGAAAGUAAUACUUCUGUCUGCUGCAGCACAAGGGAUUGGACGAGCCACUGCUAUCGCUUUUGCUAAAGAAGGAGCCAAAGUCAUUGCUACAGACAUCAAUAAGACUAAGCUGCAAGAACUGGAGAUUUAUCCAGGCAUUCAAGUACGGGUUCUGGAUGUCACCAAAAGGGAACAGAUAGAAGAGCUGGCAAAGGAGAUUGAAAGGAUAGAUGUCCUCUGUAAUAUUGCAGGGUUUGUUCAUCAUGGGACCAUUCUGGAUUGUGAGGAAGAAGACUGGAACUUUGCUAUGAACCUCAACGUUCGCAGCAUGUAUCUAAUGAUCAAGACAUUCCUUCCUAAGAUGAUCAAACAGAAAUCUGGAAAUAUUAUAAACAUGUCUUCUGUGGCAUCCAGCAUUAAAGGAGUUGUGAACAGAUGUGUAUAUAGUACUUCCAAGGCAGCAGUUAUUGGUCUCACAAAGUCUGUGGCUGCUGAUUUCAUUGAACAAGGGAUCAGAUGCAACUGUGUAUGUCCCGGAACUGUUGACACACCAUCUUUACAGCAGAGAAUCAAAGCCCAGCCUAACCCAGACCAGGCAUUGAAAGACUUCCUAGCCAGACAGAGGAUCGGCAGGAUGGCUACUGCUGAAGAAGUGGCCCAUCUCUUUGUGUAUUUGGCCUCUGAGGAAUCUGCCUACAUGACUGGCAACGAAGUGGUCAUUGAUGGAGGAUGGAGCCUGUGAUCAGCUCUACCUGCAGAUGGAAAUUUGUACAAUGAAAGGCCAAAAGUGAGGAUCAUGUUUCUCAGUUAAGAGUUUUCAAAGUUUUAAAUCACCUACAGAAUGUAAUCUAGAACAAAUCUGGUGCAUUUUUAUGGUUAUGUGAUCUCAUUCUAUAGCCAGUCUUGUUUUAAGCAAAUCUAAAUGAAAGGAAUUAAAUGCCAUCCUUAUUCUCAGCCUGGAAAAUAUUUAGAAUUUAAACAUUCACAAUUCCUACCAGCAUUAACAGACUAUCCAGAGAAAACAGACUACUUUUAAUGCAGCCAAAAAGUCCUCAAAUUUAAUCUGUUACACUAACACAUUGUUAAAAUUGACAUGAAUGACAUGGGCUGAAUUCCUAUAAAUAUGGCUUUUAGUUUGUAGAUGAAGCUAUAUGCCAGUUCUUUUUUUCAAAUCUAUGAAAAAUAUGUAUGAAAUACAUAUACAGGGGAAGAAUUAAGAGAUAAAUGCUAUUGAGUGUUAUUGGUCAUUAAUAAGUGGGAAAAACAUAUACUCUCUUGGGUAUGUUUCUGUAACUUUGACACAUUUUUAAAUGAUUGAAGCUCUUCAGUACUUGAUAAGGCGUUAAUAGAAAUUAUUUUAUUUCAAAGGUAAAGAACAUAUCUGGUUUAAAACAGGCUUCUUGUUUGUUCAAUUUGUGUGUGUUUGGCUACAGAUUCAAAAUGAGAAGUAUUGUGGAGCCUGCUUCCUCAGACUGGUUAUGGACUUUAGCUCUUACCUUUAAUUGUGGUGGGAAUCUUCCAAUCCUGUGUAGUUUGUUCGUGGGAUUUUGAGUCAUGGUCUCUGGCAUUUCAUUCAAGUGACCUCAGCAGCCAACCAGGAUGAAGUUGGAGCAAAAAUCCUAAGUUAUCCAAAAUGGCUCCACCAAUACUCACUGACGUAAAGUCAAAUGCUGAAAGUUCAGGCCAACAGGAUCCUGUUUCAGUGUUUGCAGAGGUUGAGGUGAAGGCCAAAGUCCUCCUUCUGUAGCUGGUACAGAAGGCUUACCUUGGGAAGGGGAUCUCCACACUAUAGCAAUACAGGAAACUUGUGCUAUUUUGAAAAUGAAAAUUCUCUCAAAUUCAUCAUUAUAAUUUACUUAUUGAAUAUAUUACUUUAAUAGAUAAUAUUUCUAAGCUCACUGGUGAUUGCAAUACACUGACGCUACUCAAAAAUGUUGUUUAGACAAAACACUCCUGCAAGAAAGGGAGAUAUCAUCCACUUUCUACACUGCACUGAAAGCACAGAAAUAGGCAUUUUUCAGUGAAGCUGGUUGUCCAAAACAGCCAUAACAACACCAACAAAGACAGAGAUUGCAGUCUCUUGUGUGUUGUAUGGCUGUGGGAACAGUCAAAAGUCUGAAACUUGCCUCAACAUCUCGAGUGUUUUCAAGCAGACUUACUGGCAUUAUUAAAAGAUAAUGCUUUCUAAUA